AUGAUAAAAACAGAAAUUGGAGAAGAAGCGAAACCCCCAGAAUUGUCGCCAAACCGAAGCGAUUUAUUCAAAAUUAAAACGGAAAAGGGGACGUAUUAUGUACGAAAAGCUGCUGCAGUAGGAAAUAAUCCGCCGUCUCCUGAAAGUCGAAGUUUGUUACUUGUAAAGAAUGGAGUAGUUAAUACCGCUGAACGAAAACGGCGUUUGAGCGAAAUGGAUGAAACGAGCCCGCCGAAGAUAAAGCCAGAAGCUUCAAGUGAAAAGAAUGAGAAAAAACCUUCCGGUGGAUUCGUUGCGAAUAUCAUGAGAACUGAACCGUUAGAUAUCAGCUCGUUGCUCACUAGUUCUCCUAAUUCUACGACGACCGAGCCAUCACGACGAAGUCUACGACCUCUCAAAAAGACAGGAUUUGGUAGUGGAGAUGAAGAUUGGGGUGUAGAAUCCCCGGUUUCACCGAAACCUCCGUGCAAUUGCGAAAAAUAUCUUCCGGAAUUAAUUGAAACAAUGAAAACUAUAAGCAAUCGGAUCGGAAAUAUUACCAAUGUGAUGUGUAAAUUAACUGGAAAAGAAACGGGCUUCUUCGAUAAGCCUUCCGAUGAAAUCAACUUCGAUACAAUUUCAUUCGAUUUUCUUAAGAACAAACCUUCUCCGGUCAAAGAAGAGCCGAAAGUGAAAUAUGUGAUAAAACCAGAAGAGCUAAAGUUGAAAUUCAUGCAAAAAACGGAAGAAUCGUCAAGCACAAAAGCUGUGCCGAAACCUGAAGAGCCAAAAGUAAAAGUUACAGUAAAGCAAGAAGAUUCGAAAAAGGAAACUUUAACGAAACAAGAACUUCCAAAAGUCACAUUAGCAGAGCUGCUGAACAACAUCGAAUCAGCAGGAACGCCGCGUUUUAUUGGUGACUCUGAAAAGGCAGACUCCAGCAGCAAAGAAUUGCUAUCAAAAAGGGAUUUUUUUCAAAAAAUUGAGGAAUUGAACCCGAAAGAAUACGAACUGGUUAACGUAUUUUGCCGCAUGAUUCUGCUUUCGAAACACGUUGAAGUCAAGGCAGAAGAUUAUCCGCCGAUGCCGGAACGAGUGAGAAUUGCCGCUCUUAAUGAGUUGGUACGAAGAGGAUUACUCGCCAAAGUGAACCAUCCCAAAACGAAACAAAUAGCGUUUAUCAAGAUAAACAAUAUGCCUUUGGAACAAUUGGAAAUUCAAUUGCUUAAAUAUCGAGUGAAAGCCAUCAAUUUUUUACGAGUAUUUGAUUGUACUCUUGCAACAAAUCAGCCUCGGUUUACUUAA